UCUUGCCAGGACGAGUUGAAAGAAAGCGGUGAGGUUUAAUUAUAUCUUGGAGCGCCUGCCAGCCUCCCCCGGCCGAUUUUGAAACAGCCAGCCCGAAGCUUUCGGCGGCACCGGUUGGACAGCUCAAGGCGGAGCUUCCCCGGCAGGAGGCGGGGCCGGCGGACGCCCCGCCCCCGCGCGGCCGCGCGGCCCCCCCGCCAUGGGUCGGAAGCGCUGCGUGGGGGGAGACGGCUCCAAGAUGGCGGCGGGCUGCUGCGGGGUGAAGAAGCAGAAGCUCUCCAGCUCCCCUCCGUCGGGCUCGGCCGGCCCGGGCGGCGGCGGCGGCGGCGUGGGGGGCUCCCGCUGCGGCGAGCCGGGGGCGCUGCCGGCGGUGGCCGGGGGCGGCCCGCGCCUCAACGGCCUCGGGGGUCUGGCGGGGGGCUCCCCCGGCUGCGCCCUCUCGCCGCCGCCGCGCCCGCCCGGCUGCGGAGGGGCCCCCGGCGCCGGUCUCUCGGGCCCCGCCGCCCUGCUGGGCUCCCCCGGCGCCGGGCCCGGCGGCUGCAGGAAGAUGGUGGUGUCGGCCGAGAUGUGCUGCUUCUGCUUCGACGUGCUCUACUGUCACCUCUACGGCUACCAGCCCCCGCGGAGCCCCCGCUUUACCAACGACCCCUACCCGCUCUUCGUAACGUGGAAGAUUGGCCGAGAUAAAAGGUUGCGUGGAUGUAUAGGUACCUUUUCUGCCAUGAACCUGCAUUCAGGACUCAGGGAGUACACACUUACUAGUGCCCUUAAAGAUAGCAGGUUUCCCCCGAUGACGAGGGAUGAACUGCCGCGGCUUUUCUGCUCAGUGUCUCUGCUUACUAAUUUUGAAGAUGUUUGUGAUUAUUUGGAUUGGGAGGUGGGUGUACAUGGCAUUAGAAUAGAAUUCAUCAACGAAAAAGGAUCAAAACGCACGGCCACCUACUUACCCGAGGUUGCAAAGGAGCAAGGUCAUUGUUGGGUUUUAUCUCAUAUGAUCUGGUGAAGAAUUUAAACAUGCCUAGGAACUUAUAAUGCAGUAUUUGACCUUGCCCUGAUGUCAGAUGAUGGAGCAGUCCUUUAAUUGUAAGGGAUGACUCUUCUUUUAAAUGCCACUUACACACUUGUAGAAAGCAGGACCCCCCUAGAUUGCAGGGAUCCAGACAUACUAACAAAGCAGCAAUGGGGCCAAAUGGUGGUGAGAGACAGUGGGAAAAAAUAAUCCACACAGAUAGAAAACUCCAGACACCAGCCAUGCAGGAAGCUCUUUUAAAAGGGCACUGCCACCAUUUAUGAAAGCAUUUUAUUUUAUUUUAUUUUUAAAAAAUCUUCUUACCCAUUUGCUCCAGGACACUGUUCUGACUCAAAAUUGUUUUUUCAUGAGGCAACUGGACUUCGUUGUUCUUUGAAGACAUUUUGCUUCUCACCCAGGAAGCUUCUUCAUUUCUGACUGAGCAGUGGAAGGAUGUAUAUUCCUUGCGGUCAUCUGAUCAUUAACACUCUCUCUGAGACUUGUUGAGACCACUUGGGGUUUAUCUAUGCCACAGGUCAGCAACCUGUGGCUCUUUGAGCCUUCCUCUGCGGCUCCCACAGUGUUCUCCGAUGAGCUGAAAAGCUUAUUGGGCAGGGCUCCCCCCUUUGUUGCGUCUCUGCAGGAAACAGGAAGGGCAGGAGAGAGCUAGCUA